UGUUGCCUGGUUAUAAGUGUGCAAUAUUUUUAAUUUCGUGGGUGAAAAAAAAACGGAAAUCCCAGGAUAGGAACUUAAUAAUAACUUAUUCAAAGACUCUACAACCACUGCCAGUCCGCAAUACCUAACACCCUGAUCCCACGAACCAUCCUGGAUAGCCAGGAACAACAGGAUGUGGCCCUCCGAGCGAGGAAGCUCUCGGGCCCUGGAAAAUCCAACCAGUCAGCAAAAUGCCGGCGGUAGUAGUCAGCAGGAGACCCUGGCCGAUAUAGAACACAUAUCCACCAUUGCCGGAUCCCUGGCCUCCAUUGGAUCCAUCUCGCACACUCAAAUGCGAUAUCAAUGCACCAAUGAUGCUGGCUAUGAUACGGAACACACUUCCCUGAACUCUGACUUUGAUGAGGCCGAGCUACGUCGGGAGUUAUUAAGAGAUAAAUGGAAACUUCUCUUUGACAUGUUUGAUCCCGAGGGUUUUGGCGAAAUAUCCGUCGAGGAAUUCCUGGUGGCCCUAAGGUCGCCGGAGUUCCUGUCCCAAGUGCCUAUGAACAAGCGGGAGCUUCUUUUGGAGCGGGCCAAGAAGGCUAAACUGCCCACAGGACCCGGUUACGUGACGUUCCAGGACUUUGUGAAUGUGAUGAGCGGUAAACGGACUCGUAGCUUCAAGUGCGCCGUACACCAUCGAGAUCGCGAAGUUUGCUCAGAGAACGAUUUCCAGCUCGUGUUUAACGAACCGCCACUCUUCCGGAAAAUGGUGCAUGCCGUGGCCAUGGAGAUCCUGCCUGAGGAGCGGGAUCGCAAGUAUUACGCCGAUCGAUACACAUGCUGUCCUCCUCCCUUUUUCAUCAUCCUGGUCACUGUAGUGGAGUUGGGUUUCUUUGUAUAUCAUUCGGUGAUCACUGGUGAGGCUGCUCCAAGGGGACCCAUUCCCUCGGACUCCAUGUUCAUCUACCGCCCAGAUAAGCGACACGAGAUCUGGCGCUUCCUCUUCUACAUGGUGCUCCAUGCAGGAUGGCUCCACCUCGGAUUCAAUGUAGCCGUUCAGCUUGUAUUCGGCUUGCCAUUAGAGAUGGUUCAUGGUUCUACGAGGAUAGCCUGCAUAUACUUUUCCGGAGUAUUGGCGGGAAGCCUGGGCACAAGCAUCUUUGAUCCCGACGUGUUUCUAGUGGGGGCGAGUGGAGGAGUCUACGCUCUACUAGCAGCCCAUUUGGCAAAUGUCCUGCUCAAUUAUCACCAGAUGCGUUAUGGAGUCAUCAAGUUGCUCCACAUUUUAGUUUUCGUUUCCUUUGACUUUGGCUUUGCUAUAUAUGCGCGCUAUGCUGGCGAUGAUUUGCAAAUUGGAUCUUCGAGUGAAUUCGUGGCCAUAGAUCAGACGGAAUCGGUGGCCGCUGUUUCAUAUGUGGCCCAUUUAGCUGGGGCGAUAGCUGGACUUACCAUCGGUCUGCUAGUUCUCAAGAGUUUCGAGCAGAAGCUCCACGAGCAGCUGCUCUGGUGGAUCGCUUUGGGAACCUACUCAGCGCUUGUGGUCUUUGCCAUUGCUUUCAACAUUAUGAAUGGAUUUGCCAUGUUUAAUAUUCGCGUGGAGAAGAUCCGGGUGACGGAAACGUAUUUCAAUGAUUUCCAGGUGUGAGUCCCAGGAGGAUUUGCCAAAGGAUGGCCAGAGUGCAAUCCUUGUUUAAUAUUUAAUUGAUAUUUUGCUUACAUUAUGUUCAUUGCGUUCUAUUGAAGUUUUUUUUAUUGUUUUUGGACGUCGAUUAAGUUUCGCGUUUAUUGUUUCGUUAGCGCCAUAUCUGUAGAAUCAGAUAUAUAUAUCAUUGUAUGCUUACGUGUCAUUCCACGUAAAUUAUUUUGUUUUGUUUUGCUAGUUAAGUACAAACCUUAAAUUGUAAGAGAAUAUUUACAACAAAUCGAACUGAUUAGGUGUAACAUAAUGCUCAAGGAAUUCAACAUUUUCUAUUUAUACUUAAAUAUAACUUUAGAAUCAGAAGACUUUAUAGGAGCUAAGAACAAAUCUCCACAAGAAGCUGUAAAAUACAAAUAAAAUAUAUAUAUAUGCUUUGAGGGCUAUAUGGAAACCGA